AUGCUGCGCGACUCCAUCUUUCCGGACUGGCGAGAUGAUGUUCCUCAUGAUGCCGUCGACAGUCCGGACGAAAUGCAGAGAAAGGAUCCUCUGGCCACCCAGAUCUGGAAGCUGUACUCGCGCACCAAGUCCCAGCUCCCCAACCAGGAGCGCAUGGAGAACCUCACCUGGCGCAUGAUGUCCAUGAGUUUGAGGCGCCAGGAAAGAGAACGAGCGGAGCAGGCCCGUCGUGCCGCCCAAAGACUGGAAAAGCCUGCUCCUAGUGGUAUUGCCCAGCUGCGCCAGUCUGUCGACCAGAGAACCCCUCGUGCUUCCUCGGUGGAUCCUAUGAACUUGGACGAGUUCAUUAUUCCUUCAUCGAUUGGCUCGCCCGCUGGUAUUGAGCCCUCGCAGCUGGACCUGGCUGUGCCAUCCGCCAUCCCCAUCAAGGGUCGCAAGGAACACAUCCAAUCCCACAACAAUCUUGCCCCGGCGUCCCUCCCUUACACUUCCCAAGAUCUCCAUCGCUCCGACGAGUUUGGCUACGUCCAGCGCCGUGUACGCAAAACCAGCGUUGACGAACGCAAGGCUGCCCGCAAGCGACCCGCCGAGUUCUCCCCCCAAGUGGUUCCUACCACGAACCUCAUGAUCUCCAAUGACCAUGAAUUGGACAGUAGCAUGAUGCCAGACUACAACUUGGACCACUCGCAUUCCGCAUACCCCACCAACCAUACCUCUCCCAAUGUGCCUUUCAACCUGGACACUUUUCAACUGAACGAGGACUCCCUUCUUACGUCCGCCGGUCCUUUCCAGCAGAACUUUGCUUUCUCUCCUACAGAAUCGCCUUUGGUGACAUCCGGCCCCUUCGGCCACAUAUAUGCACAGACCCCCAUUGCGUCCUCGUUGAACUCAACUGAUUUCUACUCGCCCCCCGCUUCUGCCUUCCAGUCCACUGCCUCGACGCCACAGCCGGCAUACGAUGGGGAGCAUUCUAUGUAUUUUGAGCAGAACCCCAUGGACGCCCGUGCUCAACGUCGAGUCCCUACUUAUGCCACCCAACGUUCUAACCUUACAGCUUCGUUGCAGCCUCGGUAUAUGUUCAAUGCAAACAAUGAAGCUGCUGCCUUCAACUCAAUGAGUGGCCCUCCGUCCAGCCUUCCCUCUCCUGGCUUUGCCAUGUCUCAGCAGCAUGUUGACCCCUCCCGAGUCCUGAACCAAAAUGAUUUUGCCGCCCCGGCCACCCACCGAAACUUGACCCUGAACAAUAGAGAAAACAUGUUCACUUUCGGUGCUGACUCCGAUAACGAGGACGACGAUGGAGUUUCUUUCUCUGACCGAAAUAUGGCCAUGCAGGCCGACUUUCAUGGUCUCGACGAUGUUUCUGGUGACGUCAACUCGAAUAUCCAGUGGGAUGCGCAACUGGCCGGGCAUUUCGGCUCUAUGCCGAAUUUCUCGGGCCUGCAUAAUGGACGAAUGGGGGACCCAAUGGACCAGUCUCGGGACUGGGACAACAGCAAUCUCAGCCGUGUUCAUGGAUCUGCUUUAUCCGUGAGUGACUUACGUAGCCAGCACGACCCCCGACGGCCCAAGUUGGCGCGUGCAAUCUCGACCCCAAAUACCAAUCACUUAUCUCAGCAGGGCCUGCAAUCCCAUACAUCGCCAAACACCCCGCCCGAAUCAGGUCUAAGUAGUGCGGUCCCGUCUCGUCCACCAAGCCCUGGCGGCACCAAACCCGGUGACCAAGGGGGCGCUCCGACUACAUGUACAAACUGCUUCACCCAGACCACCCCACUGUGGCGCCGAAACCCAGAAGGACAGCCGCUGUGCAACGCUUGUGGACUUUUCCUGAAGCUUCACGGUGUUGUACGGCCUCUUUCUCUCAAGACCGAUGUCAUCAAGAAGCGUAACAGAGGCGGUGGCAACAGUCUUUCGAUCGGCGUCUCUUCUUCCCGAUCGAAGAAGAACACUCGAAAGAACUCCAUCCAGCAGGCCAUAGCCGUGACGCCGCCAAGCUCAAGCAAGCCUCAUAGUGUCAAUGCCUCCGAAUCUCCGCCGUCGAUUGCGGGGUCUGUUAGUUCUACCUCAGGGGCGUCUAUCGGUAUCAAGAACGGAGUUGUCCCUAUCGCGGCAGCUCCGCCCAAAACCACACCGUCUGCCGGCGCCCAGGCGCGAGCAGUCCAAGUGGCUCCGAAGCGUCAGCGGCGGCUUGACAAGGGCUCCAUCGGCUCUCUUUCAAGCAUCCAGGCCAGUCUGUCUCAGGACAGCCCCGAAGGGGAUGAUGGCAGUCGAGGUGGUCCUUUGGCUGCAAGAUCCAAGGUUGUGCCGUUGGCACCGGCAAUGCCACCGGCAGCAACAAACCCUGCUCAUCACAGUCUCGCAGCGGGCUCUGGCCAAACUGCCAGCCAGGAAUGGGAAUGGUUGACGAUGAGUCUAUAG